AUGGCUUUCAUUUGCGGAUCAAUUCAUUUGCUCCUCAAAAGUCAUCUCAAACUCGCGGUCACCACAAGACUGUCAGCCAUCGGCUUAUCUCAAUGGACUCCACAAUAUGCGGAACCGGUGUUGGAUUGGAUGGAUGGGGACAGCGAUGGCGAGGGACAGAGUGGACAGCCGUCUGACGGGUUGAGUGAACUGUCUUUCCGUCCGAUCAAAGCCCGUCAGUCUUCGCACUCGUGUUCACUCUUUUUCGACGAUUUGCUCAAUCGGUUCAUAAGUAAAGCACAUCUGAAGGGACAGAAGGCGAUGAUGAGAGACCUCAUGAGAGACACGUUUGGUGUCAUGAAAAGCAUUCAAUUGCAGAAAUACAACGCCGCCGAUGACGCCAACAAAGAGCACAUCCAAUGCGAUCCACUCGUUAUCUUCCAUACGGCGCUCGCCAACUGUCGCCCCCUUAUCAUCACCCGACCCAUCAAGAGAGGCGGCGCCACUUAUCAGGUGCCCUACCCUUUGAGGCUCAAGGAGUCCGAAGAGAUGGCUAUGCGUUGGAUCAUACAUGCCGUCAGAGACCGACCCAAACCUAAGAAGACAUUCUUCCCCGACGUGAUGGCUAAAGAGCUGAUCGACGCCUACUAUAACGAGGGAAAGGUAGUCAAAAAGAAACAGGACAUCCAUCGCGUCUGUGAAGCCAACCGAGCGUACGCUCACUACCGGUGGGGGUAA